AUGGGUCUCUUCUCCAAGAAGAAGCAAGAUGCUUCAGCACUACCGACGGCGGAGACAACGCGACCACUUUCGCAGGAAACUACACCCAUGCCCAGCGUAGCACCAUCAGUACUCGACAACCAAGAGAAGACCGAGAGGCACGAUGUGGACGUCAAUGCCGCAGAAGUGCGCUCCCAAUCACGAGACACGGACGUUGUCGCAUCAGAGAAGGAAGCCGCAAAAUCAGCAGAGGAUUCAGAAGAGGAAGACGACGAUAUCGAAUACCCGAAGGCGCUCCAACUCACACUCAUCACCGUUGCGCUAUGUCUCUCCGUCUUCUGCAUGGCGCUGGACAACACAAUCAUCAGUACCGCUAUCCCACGGAUAACAGAUCAAUUCAAAUCGAUCGAUGAUGUGGGCUGGUACGGUUCUGCCUACCUCCUCACCACCUGCGCCUUCCAGCUUUUCUUCGGCAAGCUGUAUACCUUCUUGUCUAUCAAAUGGAUCUACCUGAUCGCCAUCUUCAUCUUUGAAGUCGGCAGUGCCAUCUGCGGUGCCGCUCCCAACUCUACAAGCCUGAUCAUCGGUCGUGCUAUCGCUGGUCUGGGAUCUGCUGGUAUCUUCUCUGGCGCCAUCUUGAUUGUCACUCAGACCGUCCCUCUCGCCAAGCGUCCUACCUACAUGGGUGGCAUUGGAGGCAUGUACGGUCUUGCCUCUGUCGCUGGACCUCUUAUGGGUGGUGCUUUCACCGACAAGGUCUCUUGGAGAUGGUGCUUCUACAUCAAUCUUCCUAUUGGUGCCGUCACCAUCGCGUUCAUCGCUCUUUUCUACAAGCCUGGCAAGCGCGUCAAGGUUCUCACCGGCGGCUGGAAGGAGAAGUUGGAGCAGUUCGACAUCUUCGGCACGAUCAUCUUCCUGCCCAUGAUUGUCUGCCUGCUUCUCGCUCUGCAGUGGGGUGGCUCCAAGUACCCGUGGCACGAUGGCCGUAUUAUCGGCCUCUUCGUUGUCUUUGGUGUGCUUGCUAUCAUCUUCGGCGGUGUCCAAUUUUGGAAGCAGGACAAUGCGACCGUGCCUCCGCGUGUGCUCGGCCAGCGAUCUGUCGCCGCUGCAGCCUGGUUUGGUGCCACUCUUGGCGCAGCUUUCUUCGUCUUCGUCUACUACCUCCCUAUCUGGUUCCAAGCGAUCAAGGGCGUCUCAGCUGUCGGCUCUGGUAUCCGCAACAUCCCCAUGAUCCUCAGCUUAGUGGUCUUCUCCAUGAUCUCCGGUAUCGCCGUCACCAAGAUCGGGCAAUAUGCUCCCUUCGUCAUUGCCUCUUCCGUUCUGAUGUCCGUCGGUGCUGGCAUGCUCUCCACCUUCCACUCCAACACUGCCUCCGGCGCCUGGAUUGGCUACCAGAUCCUCUUUGGUGCUGGCGUUGGUUUCGGCAUGCAACAAACACUCGUGGCUGUGCAGACUGUGCUGCCCAAGCAGGACAUUCCUAUCGGAACGGCCAUUGUCAUGUUCUCGCAGACUUUGGGUGGUGCUCUCUUCAUCUCCGUCGCGCAGAACGUGUUCACGAACCAGCUACUCACCAACCUCAAGAAGGUUGUACCCGGCCUCGACCCAGCAUUCGUCCUGGCCACCGGCGCCACAUCACUCAAGACUGCUAUCCCGAGUCAAUUCUUGCCUGGUGUGCAGACUGCCUACAACACUUCCGUGAUGGCGACUUUCUACGUCGCCGUGGCGAUGUCAGUGGUCUCGAUCUUUGGCGCUGCGGCGCUUGAGUGGAAGAGCGUGAAGGGCAAGAAGAUUGAGAUGGCUGCUGCUUAG